AUGGAAUUCAAUCAAGCCAAGGUGUUUGAAGCGCUAGACGCCUAUCGCGAGCACAUCGCGUCCCAGAUUCAGAAGAACAUGGAAUUAUACGACUGGGCAGAUGAGGAGAUUAACGAUGCCCGUAUGGAAUAUCUCGAGGAACGAUUAGAAAUCGGCGAAUACAUGAAGGGCGUCAGGUUGAGUGGGCUGGACGGAACAAUCCGCCGAGACCCGGCCAACGGCGCUGGGAUCCUUGAGGCCUACGUUUCUCACAUCGAGGCGGCUUUGCGAGAAAAUUCGCCCGAGGACAUCAGACACACAAUCAAGUCCCCAGCAGAGCUCCGCGUCGUGGCCGAGGAAGUCCACGGCCUGAUUGGCCCCGGGAUGCCGUACCACAACCACCACCAGCUGACCUUUUGGUCUCUGACAAGGGAAACGAGCCGGGUCAAGACACCGGAGGAACUGGAAGACGAAACGGGCUUGAACGGCUGGGAUCCUCGAGGCUGGACGAUGGGAGGCGGGUGGAACUCGGGGGACGGACAGGACGCCUCGUGCUGCGUGGUGUACUGCCGUAAGCCGGACGAGGAUGGAUGGAAAUGGCGCAUUUCUCCUGCUGACGAUCUCCUUUCCGAGAAAUCUGGUGCCUUGCCUCAUCUCGCUGCUGCAUCUCAACCACGCCGCACCUGGCAGCUGAACACGGGCGAAGUCGCCCGGCCUGUCCUCCUCGUCUUGGGAUCUCAAAGCCCCCGACUUAAAAAGGGGAGACUCCUUCGUCUGGAUAUUCGUGUUCUCAACUCCGAAUCCUGGGCCGCGCUCAAUGAGUCUCUUGGAGGCCGACUGCUGCAGCCGGCUGCUCCAGGAGCUGUCUGCCAUCCCGGAGAACCGUCCUACGACGCCGGCCGGUGCGCCGCCGCGCAGGCCGGAUGGAGCAAGUUUGACUUCCACAAGGCCGACCCCGUCUCCGUCAUGUGGGACAACUGGAGUAAUGACACCUGCCUCCCUGACGCGGCUUAUCUGUGUCGCGCUGACGGAUACUCUGCGUUCGUCGUGAACGCGACCACGCCGGAGCAUGUCAAGUUUGGUGUCGACUUUGCGCGGGAGAAUAAUGUGAGGUUGAUCGUCAAGAGUACGGGGCACGAUUACCUCGGCCGCUCUUUUGCCCAGGGGUCUCAGUCCAUCUGGGUGCACCAUAUGCAAGAUGUGCAGUACCACGGCGCUGGGUUCCAACUUGCCGGGAGCGACAUCGCUAUCGAGGGGAACGCCGUCACCGUCGGGGGCGGCACCGAGCUGUACAACGCGCAGAAAGCCCUGGCCGAGCACGGGCAGGCCAUCGUUGGCGGCGGGUGCGGGACGGUGGGAGUCGGCGGGUUCACCCCCGGAGGCGGCCACUCGCUGCUGGGCCCGCGGUACGGCAUGGCGGCGGAUAACGUCCUGCAGAUGGAGAUCGUCUCACCCAAGGGCGAGAUCAUGACGAUCAACGAGGCGCAGAACACGGAUUUGUUCUGGGCCAUGCGCGGUGGCGGCCCCGGCACCUUUGGUGUCAUCACAUCCAUCACCUUCUUAACGCACGCCUCGCCUGCGAUCACUCACACCUUCUGGGCCAUCAGAACCGAGCCUGACGCACCUUACCUCCCCGCCCUUACCGCAUACGUCCUCUCCCAGAUGCCCGCACUCGAACGCGCCGGCAUGUCCAUGUAUUGCACCUCCUCGCGCGUGCUCAUGGACAACCCCUUCCCGGUACAAAGCCUGCCGACGCAGAUCGCAGGCAUGAUGGGCGUCGCCCUGCUGCAGGACCAGUCCAACUCAGAAGCGAUGCAGGAGCUCUGGCAGCCCAUCAACGCAACCAUCGCCGCGCGCUGGCCCGAGGCCGUGUUCGUGCUGCAGACGGAGCAGUUCGCGUCGUGGUUUGACUGGUUCGACAAGUACCGCGACGCGCGGCCCGUGGGGUACCAUCUCAUCUUCGCGUCGCGGCUGCUCGACGAGGCGGCUCUGACUGAGGACGUGGACGCGCUGGCGGCGGCGGUCGGGACGGCCACGGAGAGGGUGGGCCGCGUAACGGCGUUUUUGGUGUCGGGGAGGGGGGUGCACGAGGCGGUGCCGCGAGGGGGCGGGAAUGCGGUGCAUCCGGCUUGGAGGAGGGCAUAUGUACACGCAAUGACGACGGCUCAGUUCCCUGCCAUGAAUGCCACGGCGAAACGGGAGGCGAUUGAGCUUGUUGAUGCGGCGGCGGAGGGGUUGCGGCGGUUGGCUCCUGAUAUGGGGUCUUAUAUCAACGAGGGCUCUGUGUAUGAAAAGGACUGGCAGCAGGCCUACUGGGGUGCCAACUAUGAGCGACUAAUCGGUAUCAAGAAGACCGUCGACCCGGACGAUGUGUUCUGGUGCGAGCCGUGCGUCGGUAACGAGGGAUGGGAGGUUGUGGAUGAAGGACGGCUUUGCCGGGUCUGA